AUGAUCUCGAAACAAAGUGCAAUCUGCUCGACUGUCCUUUUGGCAUCUCCCUCCGCUACUCUCUCGUUUUCGAUUUCAGUUCCCAAAGCUCUCUUGGGAUCGCCUGGAAAGGAACACCAUGAACAAAGUAAACGAGCAAUUAUAGCAUCUGGAACUGCAACCUCUCUGUCAGUAGUCAUGGGAGGAGCCGAGACUCCAUUGAGCGAAAUCCCUCACAGCGUGUUUGGUUACGAAGACACAAUUCUUGAAAACGUCAACGAACGAGCAAUGUCGCUGCUUGGCCAGUUUCAAGAAGUCUCUGGUUUGGAGCAGCUCGUGCAUUCUCAAGACAGUUUGGCUCAAGCAGCUUCGGUACUGUCAGCUACUGUUGAUGUGGAUGUCGAUCUCGAUGUCGAUCUCGAUCCUAUGCAACAAUUUGUGAAUGGAGAGAAUCCCAUGGCUUCGGCUGCUUGGUCUGGUCCACCGGAUGCUCAAUGGAUGGAACAGAUGCAGACACAGACACAGACACAGACACAGACACAUGCAGAGUCAUAUGCAAAUACACAGGGAGUCAUGCCAGACUCUAUAUACUCUUGGGACGAUUACCAGACAUUUGCUUCCACCAUGCCAGAUGCCAAUGUUGAUGUCAAUGCCAAUGUCGAUUACAUGCAACAGUCCUGGGAGGCGUCACCGCCAUUGGAAUCCCUCUUUGAUCAGACUGUCUCCCAAUUCAUUGCAGAUGCUGCCAACGCUGCUCCUGCUGCCAAGACUGCAGUAGCUCAAGCUGCCACCACUGCGGUACAGGCUGCUCCAGCGGCCAAACCUGCGGUAGUGGCACAAGCGACACAAUCUGCCGCAAAUGCUGCCCCAGCAGCCAAGACUGCUGUAUCACAAGCAGCUUCUAAUGCUGCUGGACUGGACAGUAGCAAGAAACUUAUUGCGGAACUGGAAAAAACUGUUUCGUCCUUUGACACGUUGGCGUCAAAGUCAGCGAAUAAUCUUGAAGACCUUGCAAGACAACUUUCGGAUCAACUCUACCAAUCCUUUGCAACACCGCAAGGUGCCCAAGCAACACUCGCAGAUGCUCCGAAAUACAUUGCCAAGAAAGGGGAUGCCGUUGUUCAGGGAGCAUUGGAUGGAGCAGGUCGAAUCUUUGAAUCCAGUACUGGUCGGAUUGUUGAAAAGGGAGCCGAAACCCUGCAAGCUGCCAAAGAAACUCCAAUCAAAGCUAUCAUGUCUAAUCUCUUGCAUGUCAUUGAGCAAAUUGCAAGCAUCAUUCUCAAGACUAUGGAUGGUCUACUCCAGAAAUUCUCUGGAUACACAUUCUCGGGACACAUGGCGCAUUUCAAGACAUCCUUGACACAAUUGGUGGCACAAACGACGGGGUCCAUUGGUACGGCAUCGAACAAGAUUGGCCACCUCAGUAUACAACAAAUUGUCGAGUUCAUGUUGAAGGAAGUCGUUUACUUUGUUCAAGCUCUUUCGGGUAUCUUCCUAUCCCUCAUGGACGCAUUGCUCAAGUCCUUCACUGGCAACACCUUGACCGGACACAUUCAUCAGCUGCAAGUCACUGUCAACACGGCUGUCACGGAUACCGUACAUCAAGUGACUUCUACGCUGCACGAUCUGGGUCAACUCGAUCUCGCUGAUGCCGCUAAACUGUUGGUCUCGCUUGUAGCAUUCAUUGCCAAGCUUCUCUUUCAACUUUUUAGCGCAUUCGUCAUCGUUCUCAGUGGACAAGGAAUUGAUGACUGGACGAUACAGGCCGCAGGAGCAAUCAAGACUGAGUUGGCGGCCAUGGCGACUUCUGCUGCACAAGCGGGAACCACCAUUGCGGAAUCAAGCAUUAGCGAACUGGGGGCUCUGCUAUUGCAACUUUUGGAAACUACAUCGGUCGUAUUGGUUGAAGGAAUGCAGGCACUUCUCGAAAGUGUAGGGUUCUUGGUGCAAAGUGGUGGAUCCUUUGCUGGAGCACUCGCGACGGAUUCCUUUCAAUCGGUGACAGAUAGUGCCAGCUUUAUGACUGCCAAUCUGUAA